AUGCCCCCAGAACUUCAGUGCCUUCCUGAAUAUUAUGAUGGUAAUAGUGAAGGUUCACAGGAUUGGAAUUCUUGGGCAAAGAAAAUGAACCUCUUCGAAGAAUGUCAAGAUAAAGAUAAAGAUGAACUAGCAGAAGCUCGUCAGAGCCCUGGAGCCUGGACUGGACCCAGAAAGGAAGUCGGCUGGUCCAGGGCUGAGGACACAGGGGGCACCUUGCGUUACUGGCUCAGUUACAAAGCGGUACGUGGGCCAUCCCCGAAGACACUUGCGCUCCCCGCGACCCGCCGGCCACUCUGGGCGCGGGGACCCCGCCCAGCCUUCUCCUCAGGCUCCGGCCCGCGGGCCGCGCGGCCCAGGGAAAAUCCAGAAAGAACCUUUGACUUGGUAUUGAAAGUGAAAUGUCAUGCCUCUGAAAAUGAAGAUCCUGUGGUAUUGUGGAAAUUCCCAGAGGACUUUGGCGACCAGGAAGUACUACAGAGUGUGCCCAAGUUCUGUUUCCCCUUUGACAUUGAAAGAGUAUCUCAAAAUCAAGUCGGACAGCAUUUUACCUUUGUACUGACAGACAUUGAAAGUAAACAGAGAUUUGGAUUCUGCAGACUCACAUCAGGAGGCAAAAUUUGCUUGUGCAUCCUUAGUUACCUGCCAUGGUUUGAAGUAUAUUACAAGCUUCUUAAUACUCUGGCAGAUUACUUGGCUAAGGAACUGGAAAAUGAUUUGAAUGAAACUCUCAAAUCACUCUAUAGCCACCCAGUACCAAAGGCAAACACUCCUGUCAGUUUGAGUGUGAACCAAGAGAUAUUUAUUGCCAGUGAGCAAGUUCUGAAAGAUCAGCCCUUCCUAGUACCGCAUUCCUACUUCAUUGCCCCAGAUGUAACUGGACUCCCAACAAUACCCGAGAGUAGAAAUCUUACAGAAUAUUUUGUUGCCGUGGAUGUGAAUAAUAUGCUGCAACUGUAUGCCAGCAUGUUACAUGAGAGGCGCAUCAUUAUUACCUCUAGCAAAUUAAGCACUUUAACUGCCUGUGUCCAUGGAUCGGUUGCCCUGCUGUACCCCAUGUACUGGCAACACAUAUACAUCCCAGUGCUUCCUCCGCACCUGCUGGACUACUGCUGUGCUCCAAUGCCAUACCUGAUUGGAAUACACUCCAGCCUCAUAGAGAGAGUGAAAAAUAAAUCAUUGGAGGAUGUGGUUAUGUUAAAUGUUGACACAAACACUUUAGAAUCACCAUUUAAUGACUUGAACAACCUACCGAGUGAUGUGGUCUCGGCCCUGAAAAAUAAACUGAAGAAGCAGUCUACAGCUACGGGUGAUGGAGUAGCUAGGGCCUUUCUUAGGGCACAGGCUGCUUUGUUUGGAUCCUACAGAGAUGCACUGAGAUACAAACCUGGUGAGCCCAUCACUUUCUGUGAGGAGAGUUUUGUAAAGCACCGCUCAAGUCUGAUGAAACAGUUCUUGGAAACUGCAGUUAACCUCCAACUUUUCAAGCAGUUUAUUGAUGGUCGACUGGCAAAACUAAAUGCAGGAAGGGGUUUCUCUGAUGUGUUUGAAGAGGAAAUCACUUCAGGUGGCUUUUGUGGAGAACAUUGCAGCGUGAGGAAAAGACUUUUCAGUUUACCAUCCCAUGUGCUUACACUUGUCACUGCAAAAAAUCAUGCAAAGCAGGGAAUAAAGGAAGUAAAGAGUAAGCUAAAACACAAGGAAAAUGAAGAAGAUUAUGGGACCUGUUCUGGUUCUGUACAGUAUACACCAGUUUACACAUUACACAAUGAAAAGGGAGGAAAUAUAGAAAAGCGUAAGCUUGCCCAGGCACGCUUAAAAAGACCUCUUAAGAGUCUUGAUGGUGCUCUGUAUGAUGACGACUAUGACGAGAGAGCGAGCAAGUUGUCCUCUGAAGAUGGAGAAGAAGCUUCUGCCUAUUUUUAUGAAAGUGAUGACUCCGUUGAAACAAGAGUAAAGAGUCCUUACUCAGGCGAAAUGGACCUCCUAGGAGAAAUCUUAGACACAUUGAGCACACACAGCUCAGACCAAGGAAAGCUAGCAGCAGCGAAGAGCUUGGAUUUCUUCAGAUCAAUGGAUGAUAUUGAUUACAAACCUACGAAUACAUCCAAUGCACCCAGUGAGAAUAAUCUGGCCCUGCUUUGCAGUGGUUCUGGUGAUCAAGUAGAGUGGCAUCUCGGGCAAGAUGAUAGUGCCCUCCAUGGCAAACACCUUCCUCCCUCUCCCCGGAAGCGCGUUUCCUGCAGCGGUUUGACAGAUUCUCUGUUUAUCCUGAAGGAGGAAAACAAUGAAAAAUACCUCAAUGUUGACAAUAUGAGGGAGCCUGCGGUCAUGGAAAAGCCAUCUUCUGCCUCAGGAUUGGAUCUCCAGCUCGCUUCGCCUGAAGUUUCCGAAAAUGAAAAAGCUAAAACAGAAAAGAAAGAAACACUAAGCCAGAUUUCAGACGAUCUGCUUACACCCAGCCUUGGGCGACAUUCAUCUACUUUUGUUCCUUGGGAGAAAGAAGGGAAAGAAGCCAAAGAGACUUCAGAAGAUUCUGGACUGCUUCAUGAAGUAGUGUCGUUAUGUCAUAUAACAUCUGCCUUCCAGCAAGACUUAAACAUUUCAGAAGAAAACACGCGUGAAAACCACCCUUAAAUCAACUAUUAAGAGUCACUCACUUGCAUCCAAGCUUCUAGGGAGACAUUUUAGGAUUCCUUGUAAUCUCUAUAGUAAACAGAAUUAUUUGUGGGAAUGACAGUUCUUAGUGCUGUCUAAAAGUUAUUUUUCAUUUGGAACAUACAUUUUCUCCACUCAUUCAUCUCGUGAAUAUAUAUUAUCGAUUGAUUUUUAAAUGUAAAGCUGAUUCUUCUACUGUGCUCUUAAAUCAGGUACUAGUUUGUAUGUAUAUUGGAAGUAUAUGUCAAACAUGAUUUCCCAGUAUUUGGUGCUUAAUGCCAUUCAUUUUAUUUAAACUAAUAUGCAUAUAUAACCCUUGCGCAUAACCAGUAGCGACCCUACUAAUCUGGUUGAGCAUGAACUGGUCAGGAUAUCAAAACUUAUCAAAACUAGCCUGAAACUGCUGAAACUGUUGACCCACUAACUGCCUUAAUCCUAAGCCUAUAUUUAGCAUACUUUAAUAAUUUAUGGAAUUACCUGUAAAUUUUGAAGGAUAAGUUAUAAGUGUUCUGCAGAGCAAUAAUGCCUUUUUCUAUUCGUUGAAUCAAGGACAAAAUUCAUUUUUCAAAAUUUAAAAGCUCUCUUGUGGACACUGCAGCCAUGUUUUCCAAAAUGUAUAAAGGUACACAUUUACCUUUCACUCAGUGAAAUAUAUGAAGUGCUGAAUUACAAUGUGAAAUUAAUGACUUCUGUUUACAAAUGAGACACUUUAAAAUUUUUUCAGUCUCUCUGUAUGCCUUUGCUAUCUAGGAAUCCAGCCCCAGAAAGCCAAAUGCAACACGAACUGUCCUGAUAAAGAAAUGUUCCUGUUUUGUUUUGUUUUUUUCUUAACUAAUAAUUCAAAACAUUUCUUAUCAUCGCAAAUUUACUUUUUAAAAUAAUUGACUUUAUAUUUUAGAAGUUUUAGAUCUACAGAAAAAUUACAAAGAAAGUACAGAGAGUCCCCAUUAUGUCCCUGCAUACAAUCUCCCCUAUGAUUAAUGUUUUACUUUGGUAUGGUACGUUUGCCACAAUUGGUGAACCAGUAUUGAUAGUCCCUGUUUUAUUCAGAUUUCCUUAGUUUUUCCCUAAUGUCUUUUUUCUCUUCCAGAAUCCCAUUCAAGACACCACAUUACAUUUGGUUGUCAUGUGUCUUUAGAUUCCUCUUGGCUGGGACAUCUUCUCAUUUUCCUUUUUUCUGAUAACCCUGACAGGUUUAAAGAGUACUGAUCUGCUGGUUGAAUAUAUUAUAGAAUGUCCCUCUAUUAGAAUUUGUCUGCUGUUUUUCUCAUGAUUACACUGUGAUUGUGGGCUUGGGGGAGGAAGAUUACAGAAGUAAAAGGUCAUUUUCAUUACAUCAUACCCAAGGUACAUAAUGUCAGCAUGAUUUGUGAAUGUUGAUGUUGACUUUGAUAACCUAGCUGAGGUGGUGUUCGUCAGGUUUUUCCUCUAUGCUCUUUUCCCUCCCUUUCUAUACUGUAGUCUUCGGAAGGAAGUCCCAGUAUAUAGCCCACACCUAAGGAGUAGGGCUUUAUGCUUCCUCUCCCUUAGGGUGGAGUAUCUACAAAAAUUAUUUGGAAUCCUUCUGCAUAGGAGAUUCGUCUCUUCUCCUUCAAAUUCACUGCUAAACAUUGAAAUUCAUCUCAGAAGGCAUCAUGCAUUGACUGCUUCAUGAUAGGCUAGAUUGACAGGAAAAAAUAAAGGGAAAAAAACAGUGGUGUUACGGUUAAUUUGGUAUUUGUAUAUUCAAUAUAUAUCCUGUACAUCCCCAAUCAUGAUUAUUUUUUAAAAAUUGUCAUUUUAGAAAAGUUGUUUGAGAAACCAUUCAAGAGCCCCAUCAGGACUGUACCCUAAAAUAUUUACUGAAAGAAUUUAAUUUUCAGCUAAAAAAAACCCUGGAAGGGGAUUUGUUAAAAACAUUGCUUAAAAAUAUUUAUCCAGGUCAGUCUUUAAAUAAUUUAAAGAAAAUGACCAAGUUUUUUUCUUUUCUAAGCUACAUUCCAAAAUCUAAACAGAUAUGUUUUAUUGGGGACAAUUAUUUAUUCAUGUUUGUAAAGGAAGACAAAUCUCGUUUUCCUUAUAAGGAGGGAGUCGUGUAUAUUAAGGAAAAAAGUGUUUAAUCCUUAUUUUAUUAACACAAAAGUAAGACUCAUGGUUCUUGUCAAAUUUUGCCUUUAUCUACUCAUUACAAAAUUCCAUUUCACUUUGUCAAAGCAUGUGGAUUUAUCAGAAGAGCUGUUUUAAAUGAGAAGGAAAAAAGAUCACUCCGGUGGUUAAUCUGCUUGGCAAAUAUUUCUUGGUGAUUUUUUAAAAAGAAAAAGUCUUUUAAUAUGACUAUUGAAAUGCAUGUUUUCCUUCAGGAUUCAUAGUCUGAAGAAUGAGAUAAUUGAGAGUGUAGCAUAGGUAAAAUUGGAGUUUUAGUCCAUUUGCUUAAUAAACAUCGUGGCCUCAGAAAUGUAGGUUCUUCUAUCAUCUGAUCACCUCAUGAGAUGUUUGACUACAAGACUGUUGCCGUGAGGCCACUCACAAGGAUAUUUGCAUCAAGGUAUUUUUGAACUGGACCUGUGCCUUAUUCUAACAUGCAAAAUCAGCUUUUAUAUUCUGUUAAAAAACAAAAGCUCUACAUGUUAUUCUUGGAAAAAAUCCAGAAAGCUAGUAUCCAAGAGACUACUAAUCCAAAAGCAUUAGUAUUUCAAAUCAUUAAUAUUUUGAGUAUUCAGUCUGCUCUUAAACUAGACUUCCCAGUAUUAUGGUGGAUAUAGGGAGAAUAAAGUGAAAUUAAGGUGAAUUCUGAAACAAACAAAAGUAUUAUUUUAUUUUCUCCCAUGUUCAUAUUUUCUAUUAUAACUAAAUGAAAUAUUUGUAUAAACUCCUCUGCUGUUUGAAUUUGUUUUUCAAAGAAGCUUUACCUGUUCUGCCAGAGUUGUAUAAAUGAAUAAGUCUUUGGCUAUCGUGCGCCAUCUUUUAUGUGGCCUCUAAACCGUCGUGAUUCUCCCUGAAUCCCACUCUAGCUUUUAUCCUUUGGGUCCUUAAAUAUUGCAUCUAUGAUAUUUCAGGGGGAGAUAGAAGAGUCAUGUGUGAAUUUAAGAGCUCUUGUUUUGUUAGGUCAACGUGUUGUUAAGUGGUAAAUUUUGAUGGUUACCUACUUUAGCAUAUUUUAGGAAGGUACCAAAACAUAGCAGGAUGAUUUUUCUGUUCCUAACUCAUUGCACUUAGGAAAUAUUUAUCGACCCUUUGUACGGGUCGUAUACAAGGUACAGUAACUGGGGAUAUAAGGAAAUAAAAUAAGUAACAUAGCCCCUGCUCUGAAGGAACCAAUUAAAAGGGAAAGAAAUGACAAAUCUCUGUUAGCCCAAGGUUCUAACACCAAAAAAAAAAAAAGUCCUUUAAAGCUGCUCAAUCUAAAACAUGCUCUAAGUAUAGAACCACGGUACCACUUCUAAUUUCAUUAACUUUAUUAUUUUAACAAAUAUAAUAAUGCUGCUAUUUUAAGAUACCUACUUUUAAAGGACAGACUUAGAAGCUCUUAGAAACUAAGUGUCCUUGUUUCUCUGAUUCUCUGUCCCCACUAUGCUCAAUCUUUUGACCAGGCAGCACAGAGCUCUAGAAUGGCAUGAUGCUCCUUUGUAAUCAUUAGACCACUUUACUUACUUUAGGAUUAACUGAGGGUGUAGGUGCAUGUUGAUGGAAACUAGUUUUUACUGUCUUUAUCUUGAUAAUAGCAUUUCUCUAGAAACAGCCUCCCCUGUCCCCGCCUCUUAAAUUAAAAGUGUAUUUAACAGUGCUGUUGUUCAGAUUCUGUGCUAAUAUCCUUAUAAUGGGAUUCAGGAAUGUUCAUGAAUUAGUUGUUUCUUAAAUAACAUGAAGAGGUAGUCUCCUGAUCAAGAGGAGAAAACUGUGAAUAUUCUCAUAAUCAGCAGUAGAUCUUCCUUCUCAUCUAGAAAAUCUGGAAUUUCAGGAAAAUAUUAUUUUUAUGAAUAAAUUUGUUUAGCAUAAAAGACCCUAACUCUGGGUAGAUACUUGUAAGUCAGAACACAAAUUUCAGAAAGUGAAUGAAUAUCCAAAUCUAAUUCCCCAAAGCACUUCUUAAUAUAAGGAAAUAGCUUUUACAGAUUCUGUGUCAGGACCCACGUCUUUCCUGUGUCGAGCCUGAUAACUUUGUUAGUGUCUGUUUCUUAAAGCUUACUUAAGAGGCAGAACAGCUUUGAGCAAACUGGUUAACAUUUUUAUUCGGUCAAGAUAUAGGGAAUCGUGUAUUUAGAAAAGCAUAUUUUAUUUUGAAAAUAAUAGGAUUUUGUGCAAUAUUUUUCCUGCAUAAUUUAGUUCAUAUAAAUAUGCACAUCUGCUUUUUUAGCAGAUGCCUUAAGGUCAUGUUUUUCAGUAUUUGUGUAAAGCUCUAUGUAGCAAUGUUCUAUGUGAUCUUAGAAAAAAUUAUAUUGUUGGGAGGAGAAAUGUUUUUGUUUAUUUAAAAUAAUUAUGGAUAUUGCAUUAUUGUAUCAUAACUAACUGCCUCAGCAACCAUAAAUAUGCAAUAAGAAAAUCCUGAACCUUAGGUUAGUAUUGACAAUACUGUUACUUUAAAAGAAGUGUAUAUAGUGCUAAAUGCUGAUUCUACAUGUGUACAUUUAACAAAUAUUCAGUUCUGUACCACAUAAAUCUAAAUGGCAUUUGUAUGGUGAUGACCACGUAUGUAGAUUGUAAUAUCCUUUGUGAUGAAUCUUUGGUAAGAUUUAUAAAGGGCAUUGCCAAUACUUCUUGACUGUCUAUAAAUUAAGUUAAUUUUUAUAUAAUGUACAGUUUGUUUAACCUUAGAGCUUCUAUAGAUUUCUACUUUUAUUAUACUUGAAUGAGGCAGAAAAGCACUGUGGAAAAUCUGUAGCUCUCGAUGUGAUAUGCAUACAUACCAAAAAAUUAAACAAGGUACUGAGCAGCAAUGUCAAGUAGAUGCUUUAUAUCCAGAAAGCUAUGUUUUCUUCAAACCAUACUUUAGUUAAGUAAUUUAAAAUACACAAUCUUUUAUCUUAAAAGGUUGCAAAGUCACAAAUUAUUACCUCUUUGAUGUGAGAAACCUCUAGGUCUCUUUUGUCUCCGUGUUAUUUCACUUCUCAGAUGAGAACCUUAAUGAGGUACCUUACAAAUCCACCCUCUGGUUGGUUAUGCGAUGUUUAGGACAGGACCGAACUUGAACUCUGUGCAUGCUCAACGCACCAUCCUUCAGGUAGUGUAACUUCCAUGUGGUUAUUUUGAGAACCAUUCAGUGAUCCUAUACCCAAAACAAGAUUUCUUGAAUCUGUUACGAUUUAGUACGUACAGCAAUGCCUAAAACAGCAAACAAGUAUGAAUUGCAUGAAGUCUACAACUUAAUAUGCAUUAAGGUACAUGAGAGGUUAAAACGGAACUUUCCCAAAGCUUAUUUCUUUUGCUUUAAAUGAAUAACUGUUUAAAAGGACUGAAAAUCUUGAGCUUUUUGCCAGACAGGGUGACAGGUGUCUGUAAAGACCUACCCAGCAUUGAGAUUUGUUUCACUGUGCUUGCAUCCUUGAGGCUACAGUAUAAAUCAUCUCUAAAGUUGACUACUAUUGGGAGGACAUUGUACAUAAAAGUAUUGUUUGGGGAAUUUUUUGAAAAAUAUGCAAACAUAAAUCUUGGAUGAACUACAUACUACCAUGAAGUGCCCAACAAUGCAGUUAUGAAAUAAAAUUGGUCAUAAUUAAAAUUUU